UUAUCUCUUCCUCGAGGAACACAUUUCAUAUCUACGCGAUUCAGCGAUAGUCAGCAAGAAUGGUCGCUGACUAUCGCUGGCUGGUGGAAGCCAAGUCAGUACACCCUCUACGGUUAUCAGAUCAACUUGCAAACCCUUUCGUCGGUGAAAAUUGACCAUUUAAAAUGGCGAGCGUUGUCCCUGCUUCGUGAAGAAUUUUAAACUUGAUUAACUAAUAAUCUUUAGAUGUGACAAAAAUGUAACAUAAUGAGACACAAAAGGAACUUUUACUACUUGUGCUUGUGGGUGGUCGCGGCUUUCCCGUUUUUGUGCCAUGCUGAAGACGACUUCCAGGAAUUUGAUAAUCGCGAAGAGGAGGCCCUGGUACACUGUGUGCAUGAUUCAGCCCCACGAUUUGGCAAAAGAAUAUGUGACUGUGGAUAUCGCAAUGAAGAAUUUGUGACGCCCCAAUUCGAAGGAAGCACAACGGAGAUCGAGAUAGCAAACUGUAAAUCGCUCAGAGUUCGCCGGGGAACGUUCUCACAGUUGUUUCAGCUGACCAAAUUGACCAUCAUCAACGUAGAGGAUCUCAUACUGGAAUCAAGUGCUUUUGAUUUCACCCGUAACGCACCGUCGGCUCGAUUGAAAAUCGACCUUAUUAAUGACGUAAUCGAAGAAGUGCCAUCGCACCUGGUGAAAGGACCCAUUGCUGAGAUCGCUUUCACUCGUUGUCGUAUAGGAGUUUUUAAACCAUUCAGUAUAGCGAGCGUUCACGAGCAGCUGCACGGUCUAAGUAUUGCUGAGAGUCUCGUCAACAGAAUAGAACGUCAUGCCUUCAAAAGGUUCGAUGUCGAUCAACUCACACUCAACGGGAGUAAAUUCCUAGCCCCGAUACCGUCCCAAAGCUUCUACGAGGUGGAAGUUUUGGACCGAUUUCUCAUUACCAACUGUUCAUUCAAUGCACUACUGCCCAGUGCAUUCGUUUUCAAAAACGUCACCAAUCUAGCCAUUCGAAAUAACGAAUUCAACGAUGCUGCUGGGGAGUCUUUUGUAUUGCAGAUUAAGAAAACCGUUUCAGUUGUUGGGAACUAUUUCGCAAAAAUCGACGACACAGUUCUGCAAGGCAUAAGGCUCGAUAGUUCCUACUACAACCGCAAUUCCGAACGACCCACGUUACAAUUUCACAACAAUAGAAUAGGGCACAUAAAUGGAGCGAAAAUGCUGAUUUUCUCUGACGAUUUUGAUGUGAACUUUAGAGCCAUUUACGUCGAGCAGAGCAUCAACUGUGACCAGGUGGUUUCCCUGAAAGAAACUAGUUUCCUAAAGAAUUACCCGGAAGAAAUAUAUUUCGGUUCGUCGAACGAAGGAAGCGAUUUCAAAUCGUUCCAAGAUAUCAAACGAUUUCGAUGUGCCGAAGACCGGUUUUGGUUUUAUCUGAUAAUUGGCGCUGUAGCCGGCUCCAUUGUUUUGGUUCUCAUUUGUCUGCUGGUAUCAUAUUGUUAUGUUACACAGAAGAAAAAGAAACAACAAAAACUACAGGUAGUGAUGCCUGAGCCAAGAACCUACCGGGAAACUCAAAUAGUAAUGCAGAUAGAGAAUCACGGUCUGUUGAAAACGGAUCUCUAAAUAUAUGUAGUAAGGUGCAAGAAGAGGCUGAUGAUAUUGUAGAGAACAUGUGUACAUAAAUCAUUACAGUUAUGACAAAUAAAUGUUAGUAAAUUAAUUAGGA